CCCACGUCCCGGCAGGCAGCGCGGCGACAAGAUGGCGGCCGCCAUGAGGGCGGGAUUGGGCUGGUUGGGCCUGCGGGCUGCGGGGUCCCUGCUCCGUGCUGCCGGAGCGGCUCCGGCCGGUCUCGUUGUCCCCGUGAGAACGAAGAAGAAGAGGCAUUCUCUCCCGGAAUGGGUCAGGGAGCUGUCCCCUGAGGAGAAGGAGAGGAGGCUCCAGGCUCUGGUGGCGAGAAUUCCCGAGGAUCGCGUGGAGCGGACGGUCUACAUGGCUUGCACAGCUGAUAUUAUAGACCCCUACGUCCCGCCUGAGGGUGACGCCCGCCUGAGUUCCCUAUCCAAAGAUGGGGUGAAGCAAAAGAUGGAGAAGCUGAAGCAGACUGCUGCCUCCCAGCUCGCUCUGCGGAAGAUAAAAGAUCAUGAUCUGGAUUUCAGCACUAAAACCUUCCCAGAGAAGGCACAGGAGAUAUUUAUUGAAGCUCACAAUUGCCUUGCAAAUUUUAACAAGCAGAAACUUCACUCCCUGGUGACGGAGCGCUGCUACCCGGAGAUGGUCCGUGGGAACAGGUACAAAACCAUCCGGUGGAGGUUUGUGGAGUCACUGGAGCCCCCAAGAGUGGUUCAUGUUCGAUGUGAGAGCAUUGUGAAUCGAGGCAACCUCUACGGGCAGGUGACAGUGCGGAUGCACACACGGCAGAUUCUGGCCAUCUAUGACCGCUUUGGGAGGCUGAUGUAUGGUGGGGAGCAGGUCCCCAAGGAUGUUUUGGAGUAUGUUGUGUUUGAGAAGUACUUGGUGAACCCGUAUGGCACGUGGCGGAUGCAUGGCAAGAUCGUUCCAGAGUGGGCUCCUCCAAAGGACCCCAUUGUGAAGACGGUGCUGAUUCCUGGCCCAACCUUGGAUCCCUCACAAGACUAUGAAGAAAUGAAGUAGGAAGUUCCAGAGGCUGUACAGAGACAGCCAAUGCAAGCAGCCCUGGGGGGAAGAAGUGGAGAAUGGCUGUGGAGGUAGUGGCUUGGAUAUGGCUGUGCCUUUCCAGUGAGCAGUCAACAAACAAAGCAGCUUCAGAAAUGGGCUCUGGUCACUAAGAAUUUGUCUUUAAAGGAACAAGAGGGGCUUGGCAGCGGGAUUCAGAUGAGCUCUAAGCUUUACUGCGUCCAGGUAGACUUAGUGUGCUGCAGUUGAACCCUCUCUGUGUUUCUGUGAAGACAAGACGUCUGUUCUCUUCAGGAGUGCUCUCGAGGCUAACCCUGUCCUGAACGUGCACUGUGAGAGGAGCCCUUGGCAGCAGCAGUCUCUUCAGACAUGGGAUGUUUGCUUCUGCCAUGGGAAGUGUCACAGACCUGCUGGCCCUUCAGUACAACUUGCAGUAGGUGUCAGCACCUUCCUUUUCCCAUUCUCUCUGCACUGAUUCCCAGACUUCAACAGAAAACAGGGAAGAGCAGCAAGCACCCUUUAAAUCACGUUCUCCUGGGUGGGUGCUGCAGUUGGACUCGUGCUGGCUGGGUGCUUGUGAAGGGCCCAGCUUCCCAGAGGGACUGCAGCACAGCACUGCUAACCUAAUAAAAUCUUCUGCCUUCUUGAAA